UCUUAAUAGAAAUAAUAAAAGUAUUUUUUUUCUUCCGUUCUAAAUCUGCAUCGAUAAAACGGCAAAUGAAAGGAGAGAGAUGAGCCAAAUUUUCUGCGACAUUUUCCGGCGUCUUUACUCAAAGACCCGGAUAUAUCAUCUAAAAAAAUGUUCUUAAUAAAAGUGGAGGCUUAUCCACGGCGCUUUUUCCUACUCUCACAUUCGAUGAGUAAAGUCCCCAGGAGACGAGGUUUGUGAGUUUAUAAUACAUUCAAUGCAGAUAAAGUGAUGUCAUCUUUCCCGCCAAAGCUGAUACCAGGCCAUUUCGGGUUUGUGCGUGGGACUGGGUCCGAGUUGUGUAGAAUUGCACUAUGGAACUUUAGUAUAUACACACUCAGUGAUCUUGGUAAUUCAAGCAAUCUGAUUGGUUAGCUAUCUCGGACUAUGACGUUAUAUUCACCGCGCUAGGCGGUGAAUAUAAAGCAGAACAAAAUCGCUGUCCUGAAAUGGGUGUUUUGCCAAAGUUUCAUAGUAAAGCCUUUUUGAAAAUACACGAAUAUCCAAGUGCUGAUGACUUUCAAGGCAAGAAAAGACUUCAUGGUGUUUAAACAGCGUGAUUUAUUGUGAAGCAGUUUACUGUAGCUGACUUUUUGUACGCUCGAAGCUAUGUUUACCACUACAGAGGAAAACGAGGUCGCUUUGUCACUGUUUUGUGAUUUCGGGAUUUUCUCGCAAGACCAAUUUUGCCUACAAAUAGAAGUUAAUUUAUGGAGAAAAGAGGAAGGCAAAUAUUUUCGAAAAUUGUACGUGCCAGCAAGUUAACAAGGCAAAGAACUUUGGAGAUAAACAACGCUCACCUUGAUCGUAGCCGCUGUUGACAGCAUUUGCAAGAAGCGACAAAGAAAACUUUCUCAUUCACGGUGAGUUGACCGAAACAAUAAAGCUCUACUUUUCUUCGCAGAAUUGGGUAGUAAUUUAGAUUUUCGGCGUUUUCUUUGAAACCGUUUAUGCUAAAGCUUACAAAACUCGAUACAAAAAGAUAAAAACUAUCAUUUGCCAUGAUUGAAGAUACUGUAAAGAUCUAACUUUUGCGCAUCCACUGUUUACGGCUUCGUGUUCACGCAUGAAUUCACCCGUCAAUCAAACUAGUCGUUUUUUAAUGGUUUCCUUUCUGAUUCUGUUGAGAUCACUUCGUGUGAAUAUACUAAAACAAUUAUUCACCUCAGGCUCAGUUAAUAUUGUUGAAUAAUCCCCUCGACUUCGUCUCGGGGAUUAUUCUACAAUAUUAACUUCGCCUUCGGCGAAUAAUUGUUAAAUAUUUGGGACGUUAUUGCUUCCCUUGUGGCUAUUUUGGUUAAAAUAGAAGAGAGGGAAAGGAUAAUCACUAUUUCACGAGAGUAAAAAGAAAAAAUUUCACCUCCGCAUUAGCAAGCCUGUGCCUGCGAAACAGUGGGCAAUUCUCUACCCGCUGACCUGAGUGGACUCAUUGAAAUUAAAAUAACUCUAACUCUGUAAAAACUCAAAAGCAAGGUGGUAGGAGCCGGAAGCGGAGUUGCCAUGCUUUCUCUGAUGGUAACUAUCAGUAUUAAGGCUCAAGUCGGCCCCGUCUAGCCUCAUUUCUAUGACGGGCCCUACCCCGCCACUUUCUUCUUUCGUUACAUCUUCUUGUUGAGCGAUACAAUAAACGCUAUUAUCGGCUGCGAACGAACUGAAACUAGCAUUUUGUCGAAGCUCAUGUGAAAAAAACUUUACACUAAUACGGAUCAGAGAAGAACGGACCACGCACUCCUCGAAAAGGAUAUGCCACGCGGUAUAAUGAGCUCUAGGGAGUAUGCAAGAUAGCAAUCUUGCUUUAACCAUCUCUUUAUGGUUGAAACGUUCACUUCUUUUAAGGCCUGUACCAGGAAAAACAGCGCUGGACACCCGACCGGCACAGCAGUUUUGCACAACGCUUCAGUAAAGCAACUGAUAUGUGAACUUGUAUAAAAAAUGGAAUUUAGAUGAUCAUAAUUUAAACAACUUAAUUCUUCAAAUUGCGCUGAAAACAUGAUAUUGGAAGUAGGAAUCCUGACAAAUACAAUGAAAAAAACCCCUCUUAUUUUGCAACAUUUUAAAGAUAUUUUAAUCAAGUAUAAAGCCAAGGCUUUAUCAUCGGCGCUUUUUUGUCUAAAAUGAUUAUCCUGAUCGUUUAUUCCCUGUAUAUCGAUGGUAAAACGUAUUUAAAGCUGCGGUAAGCACAGGUACCUGAAUUGUAACGUAGGGGUUUUGCAGUCGCAUGCAGUCAUCGUUUUCCUAAUAUCACGUACAAAUUAAUUUCUCUUUUUAAAGGACAUAAACGGACAGACAGAUUUUUUGGGCCUUGUCCGCAAAGAGUUGAUGGAAGAUUAAUGAUCAGAACUAAAGUUUGUAAGAUAAGUUGCAUAAAUGCGUCACGGCAAUAUGAUAAUAAAACCUUUUGACUGUCGUCCCCGAUCUAUUGCAAAAAGAUCCAGUUAAACUUCUUUAAAGAAAUAAUAAACACUUUCAUCUGUAAUUUUUGUAUUAUGUUUCCCAGUCUUUUCAUUCUAUUGAUAGUAUAAAUGGAGGAGCAGAAACGAUUUGAACGACGUGAGAGACGACAACUCAGAUUCAUUAUAAGCAAUGCUUUAAUAAAUUUUAGAUCAAGUGGUCUCCAUUUUACCCAUAUAAAUUUUGAAUUCACAUUUUCCCAAAACGGUUAUAUUGUUUUAGCUCCCUUGCCGCUUUAGAAUAUUUAGACAAUCGUUCACAAGUGCGAUUUAAAAUUUCAGACUAAUGGUUUUCGAUUUCUGCUUGUACAUAUUUCUUAUGCAGGUGUGUUUGGAACUUUCUGGGCAGGGAUCCCUGUUGUUUCAUUCUCGUAAAGGUCCACCUCCCGUAAGUCGUCACUAAAUCUUUGCAUAAUUGGUGCUCAGUUACGGGAAGUUCGGCUGUUAUAAUAAACCAAUUAAGACUAACAAAAGUCUGUCCAUAGCUUUUUAAAUCACAAUACAUAGCUUAUUUUUAGAUUCUCCCCAAGAAUGAGCCACGCCGGAUUGGUCUUAUUUGGAAGUUUCAUUCCAAUAUUAAUUCUGACAAGCAUUCCUGACCUUUCACUGGAAAGGAAUUCCCAUCCCCACCACCCCUCCCCCCCCUACCUACCCAUCUCUCGCCUUCAUGCGGUUUCUGUGUAAGAGCCAUUUUCAAUAACUAAGCCAAACAAUAUUCUUGCAUGUUUAUUGAGAGCUGUAUGGCCUAUGAGACUAUAGACCAUAGAAAUGAUGUAAUCCCGGAUGACACAGUUUAUGUUUUUGCUUGUGCUCCUGAUUUUCAAACUUUUUUUAAACUUUCAAUACUACUGUAUAAUGAUCAACCACCCUUAUUUCUUGCUCCAUACUACAUGAACUAUACAAAUGGCGUCAUUAAAACAGGGGCACCCAAGGGGAAAUUUUGAGAAAAAGACCUACAAGCAACAACAAAGCGUGAAUAAAGUUUUCUGAGACUAUUUUAAGCAUUUUGGGAGAUUGCUGGAAAAAAAUUAUCUGUUCCUCACUCCCAGCAAGACUGAUGGAAGUUCCCCAGCCAGCAAACUUACAACCUGCAACCUGACUUACCUAGGAAGUUUCAUAGGGCACAAUUCAGAUCUUGAGUGGUGGCAACUCCAUAAGUGACCCGUAGCAGCUAUUCUAGUCUUCAAAUCCCCUCUGACACCCUGGAUUAUCUUUUUCCCAGCAACACUUUUCUUCGAAGGAUUAUUUUUCUUCCAAAUCUCCCAGCCAGCAAAAAUGUGCCUGAAGAACAGAUAUUUUGAGGAACAGAUCCAUUGGGUGCCCCUGUUAAAAUGUUUAAAACACACCGCCUGCAUUUUGGACGAAAAUUCAUUGCAUGCAGUUUCUGGUUCACCAUGCCCAUUUUCAUGUUGUUGCUGACAAUAUCGGAUCAACAAACAGCUGUAUAAUUGUAACAUUUAUUUUAUCAUGUAUUAAAAUAGUUUACAUUUCCCGCGUUUUUCUCUUUUCUUCCUAUUUUUUAACAACAUCCGCGGAAAACUGUUUAAGCGAAAGGCACGAGGCUCAGAAAUUGAGACUGUGGCUACUUGCCAUUUAUAAAUUUGAAGGCUUGCAAAUACAUGCGCAUAAUAUUAUUUCAAGCUGUCAAUUUUUAAUAGUGGUGCUCACAAAAUGAACAGGAAGACUUGAGCAGAUAUUUGUAAACAAUCAUACGUUAAAAAUCUCGGUGCGUCGAAAUGGUUUCUCUUUCUUCUUUCUCUUUCAGUUUCUUUUUCCCAGCCAAUAAUCCUCAAAUGUGAGGGGUAGGCUGUACACAGUAAAUGCAAAUGUAAAUCUUUUUACUUCUUGGGCUAGUUUGGGGAACAACAUGAACCGUUUCUGUCUCGCGAUGGCGAUGGUAUGUCAUCAACGAUUCAUGCGUAUUUGUGGCAAGAAUACCAAAUGAGUUGAGGCUGACUUCAACUUUUUAUUACUUUUAUACGUGUAGAGCUCUUCAUUUAUGCUUUGACCUUCUCGAUCGUGUUAUGAUAAGGCCAAAGACUCUCGUCACCAAUGAGAUGGCCAUAAGUACAGAUACUGCGCGGGUAUGUGGUUGAAGUUGAUGUAAAACAACUUGUCUUUGACAGCUUGUAAAUCGAAAUGCACGUUCGUGUCUGCUUGAAAGAGUUUUGAGAGUGCAAAUCACUUGGUUUGGCUUCACACACCAUGUUUGAACAUAUCUUAGUAUUCCUGUAGUAUGCUCACAAGAGAAACGUGUCGAAGGAAGUGCGGGCUUAAGGUUUUCUGGCAGUAAUAGUCUUUUGAACGGGAACGACAGUUCCUACGCCGAAUAGGAACCCUGGAGCUGGUUUCCUAAUGCAACGUUACAGUUUUUCUUUCAAACCAGUUCAAGGAAAAAAGCCUUGCUUUUCUAUUAGGACGAUGGAGGAGAUAUAAACUUUAUGUCUCUGUUUUUGACAACUGAAGCGGUUUUGCCAAAUUUCGUGCGAGGUUUGGUCUAGAAAGGGCAGAAGAGCGUGAAAUUAGCGACAUUUCGGGGAUAUAAAAAAACAGAAGUGGAAUAUCAGUGGAUGUAAAAAAAUUCAACAACACUACAAGUUGUGUUCCCUUGAAACUUUAAAGAAUGAGCAAAAAGAAUUUGAAUUAAAUACAAAUAGCAGGUGAAAAUGAGCCCUUUCUCACGUUGGCGAUGGUGUUGCAUCAACGAUUCGUGUGUCUUUUCAAGGCAAAUACCACAUGUCAGUCGUCAUUGACUUCAAUUUUUUAUUACCUUUCUACGUGGAGAGCUCUUCGAAUUUUUGACCUUCUCGAUUGUUUAAAGAUAAGACCAAAAAACUGCGUUCACCAAUGAGGUGGCCAUAAACACAGAUAGCGCGUAUGUGGUUAAAGUUGACUUCAACUAGCGAAUCAGCUUGUUUUUGAUGGCAAUUAAAACGCAAUGCACGUUCUUGUCGGUGAGAAAGAGUUCUGCGGAUGUCAAAUAGAAAUCUCUUCUGUUAGCUAUUUCAUUUCGUUCGGUUUCACACGCGAUGUUUAAAAAUAUUUUAGUAUUGCUGUUUGUGGUAGGUUUACAUCAGGCACGUGUCAAUGGAAGUGCAGGCUUACGGUUUUCUGGCAGUUCUUACGCCGAGUACGACCCUUGGAGCUGGUUUCCUAAUGCGACGCUGCAGUUUUUCUUUCAAACCCGUGAACAGAAAAAAGCUUUGCUUUUCUAUCAGGACGAUGCUGUCAAGGGCGGUGCUUUCGAGGGCACAAAGUACUACUUUAUGUGUCUGUUCCUGACAAGUAGCGGUUUUGCCAAAUUUCGUGCGAGGCUUGGUCCAGCGACAGAAGAGCGUGAAAUUGAACAUAACUUUGCUGACUCCAAAUGGCACAAAGUCAGGAUAAAGAUUGAUAGGAUAAAACUAUAUUUUACAAUAGAAGAUGAGAAUGGCUUAGUACACACUGCAGAACCUCCAGUUGAAAUAAGUGCAUCUACCCAGACUCGAGCGAACAGCGUCUUGUUCAUCGCUGGAAUUCCACUCAGUUUGUCGCCCACGGAUUUUUCCGAUACAAAAUUAUUUUCGUAAGUCUUUUCCAAUGGGUAAAAGUAGAUAUGAUAUUUUUAACAUGAUUUAGUUUUGUUAGUUUUCUUUUCCUUUUUCGUCGGUUCUUAAAAAGUCAAGCUUCUAUCUACCAACAAAUUCAUAUAAAUUAUUUAAACAAAUCCGUGACCGCGAGGAAAACGAAAAGUGCGUCAUCACGGCGUUGUUUUAAUUGAAUGAUCACAAGACUUGCUUGCGUCUUGUUCGUCGCUUGAAUUCCACUCAUUUCGUCACCUGAUGAUUUUUCAGAUACAAAAUUAGUCAAGCACGUUUUUUCCACAGGGUAGAAGAAUAAAUAUGCUAUUUUUAAACUAAUUUGUUUUAUUGCUCGUUGUUUUCAUAUUGAUUGUUCGCUAAUUCCUAGACUGAGUCAAGCUUCUAACCACGAGUAAAUUAAAAUGACUAUUUUUCCGUGGGGUCGAAUCACUGACUACGAAUAAGCAAAAAAUUACGUCAUCGUGGCAUUGAUCGGAUCAGUAGGGUUACUUGCCAUAAAGCAAGCAACCAACUGUCUUUUAGUAUUAUUUAGCUGUCAGUUUCAGAAGCAAAUGUUAAAAUCAAAAUUUUCAUUUGACAGAAGACUGUGCACUCAGCGUUUUGUUUAAGAUCCCCGCGAAAAUAACAAUUUUAACAUUCGAUGCGAAUGUUUCUUCCUUUUCAUUGGCAGAGAGCCCACCACCUGACCUUUGAACAACUGCCUACAAAUAAUGGUCUGCCCAUACGCAUUGUCGUCCAACUGCAUGGGUUUGGCUGCAAAUAAUAGUCUGCUCAUUUGUAAAUGAAACCACGCUUUUCGCCUUCUUGCGGUAGCUCUUGCGUGAUAAUGGCGGGUCGAUUGGCUUCCCCAAGAUUUUCAUUAAAAAAACCAUUUCGGUGAUGGAAUGAUAAAACAAAUAUAGCGACUCCCGCUAACUCUGACCCUCGCUAACUCGAACUAAAAUCGAAUUUUCCCGGAUUUCCUUCAUACAUUUACUGUAAUUUUACCCUCGAUAACUCGAACCUUGUUUUGAGCGCUUAUAAAGCCAGGAAAAAAAAAACAAUGUACUGUCGUCCGAAACGUUGAAUUUUGAAUUUACCAUUGAAGUGUUGUAGGCGUAUAGCUUACUAGUGGAAGGUAAUGUUGUUUGUAAAAAAUCUACCGUGAAACAGCGUUUGGUUUGUACUGUCGCACUUUGUAAUAAUCGUCGCACUUUGUAAUACCUGUCGCACUUUGUAAUAACACUUGUCGCACUUUGUAAUAAAAAAGCUGUCGCACUUUGUAGAACAGACCAUCGCACUUUGUAAUAAAAAAAGCUGUCGCACUUUGUAAUAAACUUGAAAUAGAUGGUCGGAGGACAAGUAAACCCAGUAAUAAGUGUCAUCAUCGACAACAACAACAACGACAAUAAUAAUAAUAAAAUAUUUUUAAAGUUUUACUACCAGCACAGGCAACUAGGAAACCUAUGAUUUCGUUACCUGCAAGGUAUUACUUGAGACCUAUACAGAGAUAUUACUUGAUUUGUAUUUAUUACCAUGAAUAAGCUAUACUGUAUUUCAUAAAGCCAAAUGAAAAUCACAAACUCAGAGCCCAACCCGGUAUCACAAUCAUUGUCAUCAUCAUCAUUAUUGUCACUAUUAUUUUCACUAAAAUGUUCUUUAAAACAUUGCAUAUCACGUCAUUGUGCCACGAUGACCACUACUAAUGAAUGUUGUGGAAAUUUCGAAUACGCUGGAACCUACAUGAAACGGCAUCAUUGUGAUAAAUACACAAAACCAGUGUUAGAUCUGGAUAUAUUUAAAGGCUACGUGCUGUGUACAGCUGAACAUUGUUCUCUGAGAUCGCGUAAACCUGAACUUUACGGAGAUAUUAAAAGCAGAUACCCUAAGAUUACAGCAGCUAUGGAAAAAUUAUUAUAUUUUUGAGUAGACAAAUCUCAUAAACGGGCCACAAAUUCAACAUGAAUUCGCGCGAACUGAACAAAUUGUCUGUUGUACAUUUUAAAGGUUUUGCUCAACUUACACAAUUUUCCCUUGCUGAACAUAAACUGUACCGAGCCGUAUCUUGGUCCGUUAUAUAUAAGCUAUAUCAUGGUUCAAAUUUUAAACUAUAAGAUCCCUGAAAGAGUUCUCCUCAAUGGAGCAAUAUGUAAAAGGUUUUGAAAGGUUUCACACCGGUGAAGAUGUGCGGCCUGUCACCUCUUGCAAGUUUUUACUUUAAUAUUAUUAUUAUUAUUAUUAUUAUUAUUAUUAUUAUUAUCAUUUUUAUUGUCGUUGUUGUUGUUGUCCAUGAUGACACUAAUUACUGGGUUUACUUGUCCUCCGACCAUCUAUUUCAAGUUUAUUACAAAGUGCGACAAGUGUUAUUACAAAGUGCGACAGCUUUUUUUAUUACACAGCUUUUUUAUUACAAAGUGCGACAAGUGUUAUUACAAAGUGCGACAGGUAUUACAAAGUGUGACAAUUUUAUUACAAAGUGCGACAGGUAUUACAAAGUGCGACGAUUAUUACAAAGUGCGACAGUACAUGGUUGCUUCCCAAAACAGUUAAAUGCAUGCUCUGUUUAGGCGAUGUGUUGUCACGUUGCGUUCUGAUUUACAUUCAAGAAGCAUCGUUUCAUUUUAACUUGACAUUUCUAUAAUUAAAUGUGAUUAAAAUGUUCACUGUACUGUAGAAACUGGUUUUCCCUUACUUCUGGCUAUUUGCUUCGAGCUCCCGAUAACUCGAACUCUCGAUAACUCGAGCUUUUUUCUAUUUCCCUUGAAGGUCCGAGUAAUUAAGAGUGGACUGUAUUCAACACGGUUAUCGCAAAAUAUCUUGAUUUGUCCGUGUCUCGCAGAUUAAUUAAUCUGCUCUCGCCACUGACAAAUCACGAUAUUUUGCUCAGCCUCGUCCAAUAAUUGUUAAUUAUUACCGGUUAAUUAUGAUCUUCCAAAAGAAGGAGAAAUAGGAUCUUAUUUGGAGCCGACUAAAGCUAAUUAUAGAACUUGUUAUUCUUGUUUUAUUCAAUAGUACACUCGGUCUCGCCAUGUUUGAAGGAUGUAUAGGUGAUAUAGUGGUCUAUCGACCAUCGAGUGGUCAGCUGGAUAAAGUAAAGCUACGGAAAUCAGCUAAUGCAGAGGACACUUGCGUUGGAGCUUGUAGCAAAGUGGGAUGCUACAAUGGUGGUCGAUGCAUUGACAGAAUAUGGCAUUCAGAAUGUGAUUGUUCAGCGACUGGUUUCAAAGGAGAUAGAUGCCAAACACGUAAGACAACUACCACUUAGAGCAUAUAAUUAAUGAUAAAUAUGAAUCACUAGAUGCUGUUCUUGGUCAAAAAAGCUGAUUGUUGACGGCUACUCGUUAAACGUCUGUAAAUGAGCAGUAAUCUACGACUGGGUAAAAUAUAGUGACGUCAUGAGCAAUGAUAGUGAGCAAGCAAAGGAGAGGAAAAACCUGUUUUCAGGGUCUCCUUAGAGACUCUGGGAACGAGCUUUAGAUAAAUCUUUAAGGGGCCGAUUACAAGUCAAAUUUCAGCCAAUGAUGAUAAUUUCUCAUGUAACGAGACAAAAUUUUAGCCCCCAAGGGAAGGCCGAAAGCGUUAGAGAGGUAGAAUUCAAGGUAUGACAAAGGAUGACUAAGAACCUCAAAUAUCACUAUAAUAAAACGUAUUUACGACAAGUAAGUUUCAAUCCAUGGCUGGCGCAGCUUGUUAUUUCCAACAUUUCCAUUAUUUCUUGCUUGAUUGGGGCAGUUGCUUCUUUUAGAAGGGUAGUGUCCUUCGGGAUUUGCAAAGAACCGUUCAAUUUUAUCCUUCCCUUAGUUUAAAACUGGUGGCGAGGGGUACCGUUACUUGCUUUUCGGUAUACAUUUUUCCAAUACCUGGGCGAUGUCUCUCGCGCUAAUUGGUUAGGAGCUGUGGUCCAUGAGAGUGUAGAUCAUGUAAGAUUGUUGUCUUUUAUAAUUUUGUUAAAUACAUUUUACUUUAAGGUUCCCAUACUGCCUUCCUGAAUACCCCUGACGAGAGAGGAGGAUAUAUUUCUCAGUCGCUGAAUGAUGACAGUACCCUCAUGAAUACAGAAAGGAACACAGUUAGUUUCAUGUUUUCAACAGAAAAGAAAAACGGUGUAUUCUUUUACAUGGGGCGAGACAAAGACCAUUUGGUAGUUGAACUCGUAAAUGGAAGUUUGCGAGUCGAAGCAGACGUCGGCGGAGGUAAAAUUAAAGCAGGCGUUAAUAGAGACCUUAAAGGAGCCAUGUCAUGCUAUUUGCUGUCUUUUUAAAAACCUAGAACGUUUUUUGCGUCAGUUAAAUUCCAGAAAUAAUGGCGCAGUUUUGUUAGUUAAGACUGUAUCUAGGCCACUAAAGUGUUUCUUGUCGUCUGACGUAACAGAUGGAAAGGAAGGACAUGAAUUGAAACUUGAAAAAGUUGGGUCACCUUUUUCAGGUUUUAAUAUACUAUGCCUACAAAAAUCACCAAAAAAAUUUUGAGGUUAGUGCUCCCUGAUGAAAUUUGUCUGAUACCUUCUUCGCAACUCUACAGUAAAGCAUUUUGGCCAUGAUUAAAGGCACUAAGUAAUAACUUUAACAGAAAAUUGACCGAAAACAGCAGUAUCCUCGUAAUACAUUGUCCGUGGUGUGAGUGUUUGUAAGUUAUUACGUAUACCCCUAACCGUAAAUACGGUCAGACUGCCUCUUAUGCCCCGAGUACCACUUUACAGUGGUACUCAGUCGACUCCCGAUAACUCGAACCCUCGCCGAACUCAACCCUCGCGCUAACUCGAACUAAAUUCGAUUUCCACUGGAUUUCCUUCAUACUAUAAUUUUACCCUCAGCAACUCGAACCCUCGAUAACUCGAACCUCCAGCUAAGUCAAAGAAAUUUUUCUUUCCCUUCGGAUCACAAUUCAUCCUUGAUAACUCGAAUCAUGCAAGUUAGGCGCCUGAAAAGUCUUAAAAUAGUGUACUAAAGUCUAAUACAUUGAAAUUAUUUUAACAACCAUGUCCAUGUAGUCUUUGACUUUUAUUACCUUUUCGUCAGUCCAGUUUAAACACAGUGUUCAGCACUGUAUAUUUCUUAAGCUUUGAAGUAUGCAUGUUACUUGCAUUCAUUCCCCAUCCCAUAUUCCUAUUGCGGGUUAUUUCAGUGCUUCGAUCUCCCCGAAAUCGAACUCCCGCUGACUGGAACUUUUUUUAAUUUCCCUAGAAGGAUAUCGGGGGUCGAUUGUAUUACAUACACUUAGCAAACUGAAAAAAGGCGUAUCUUCUGAACGUCCCUAUCUAUAGGUCCAUUUGUAAAAGACACCGGUAUGACGGGUGUCUGGGCUAUGGCUCAAACCGUGCAUAAAAUUAGCGUUUAUGGGUCAAUUCACAAUAAAUCAGUCAUGUAGCGCCCCUUCCAGUUCCGCUGCGUGAAAACGCGACUACAAAAAAGGAUACUUACGAAAAAUUGAAGUAAUAAUUGUCUUGUUAGGAAACGAGUAGUAUAGCGCGGACGUGCAAGCCAUCUCUCUCUUGGACGUCCGUCUGGUUGACCGGAUAUAAUGAGAAGACAGAGUGGAAAGCUCCUCCGCCCCCCACAAGUCCCCACAUUCCCAGAGAAAACGGGGGCAUUAGACUAGGCUGCCUUUAAACGACGGCGAACUCGUUCUUUUAUAUUCAGCCCCGAGGUCAGCAAUGGCUCAACAUAGUGCCUAAAAGCUGUCGUCUCUUUUUAGGGCUCAGAAUGAAUGGGGGGAGCACAUGAGCAGACCUAAUGGCUGAAAGCAAGUGAGCAAGGGAUGGCGCAGUGGUAAGAGCGCUCGCCUCCCACCAAUGUGGCCCGAGGUCAAAUACCGGCGUCGACGCCAUAUGUGGGUUGAGUUUGUUGUUGGUUCUCUCCUUUGCUCCGAGAGGUUUUUUUCCGGGUACUCCGGUUUUCCCCUCUCCUCAAAAACAACCAUUUCCAAAUUCCAAUUCGAUCAGGAAUCGGGUAGACGAAGAACCACUUUGUGGAUGUGCUUCCUCCAAAUCAUGAUUAUGAUGAUGAUGAUGAUGAUUAUUAAAUCAACAAUUCACUCGGGCGCUGAGUGCAUACUGUCCAUGAUGGCGUCAGAGCCUAACCUCCAAAUAAACCCCACUCAAAGCACCCAAUCUCUGACAAUUGUACGACUAACAUCGCUAAAGUUUUGCACAUCUCAGACAUCUUGGUAAAAUAGUAUUCUAAAACCUCCAAAAAACACACACACAUUUUCCCAGGAAAGAGGUUGAGGAAUUGUUUUUCCUACAAAACAGUUAAAGACUGACUAUAAUUACUUACAACCUUUCUCUGUCUAUUGAAGGUCCCAUAGGUGUGUUUGCCAAUGAAAGUAACCUCGCAGACAGCUGCUGGCAUCACGUGGAAGUUCGUCGCAAAAAGGCGCGGUUAACUGUCAUCAUUGACAAAGAAAAAUAUGGAAAAAUCCGUCAAGAGUCUUCACCCACACAUAUCAAGCUGAAUCUUAACAACAAGACGUCAAAUGUGAUUUACUACGGCGGGGGCCCUUCUGAGAAACUGUGGUUUGCACAAGCUAAACCUUUGUCUUUUACGGGUUUUCUUAAACAGUUUUACUUUGAAGAAAUCAAUGUGAUAGAAAAUACAUUAAUAAGCCAAAGGAAAGGUUUUAAAAUAUCAGAUCCACUUGGAGUGGGAAUUGUAGAGAAAAAUAACGUCUUACUGCAAUUAGCGGAGUACAACUGCAGACCAGAGCUGGUGGGGUCAGGGUGCUUCUCUGAUGAUGACACAGAUCUGUCAUGUAUCCCUUCAACAACUACACCGACUAAAGGUAAGAUUUUA